AUGUCAGACCACAGUCCUCUCCAGGCGAGCCUCCCCAUCCGCCCUCGUGGCGAGGCCCGGGGAAAAGCGAGGCCCAAAAAAGAGAAAGACAUCGCGGCAAGUUGGGACAACUACUUCGGCAAGAACGACAAUGACCUGGCCAAGUGGAAACUACUCUGCUGUGACCUUGGCAAGCAAGCUGAGGAGUUCACCAGCAAGACACAGUGCAGAAAGGCACUCAAGCAUGUAUGGGUCAACCUACACGACUUCCUCGCCGCCGAGAACAAGCCCGAGGACGUCGUGUUCUUCUCGAGCGAGCGAGCCCUGGCCGCCUACACGCGGGAAACCCGCAAGUUCUUCCCACGCCACAACAUCUCAAGAGGAAGCCCGCUGCGUGACCUCUUAGCCCGCAUCGUGUGCCCUCGGGGUCACAAAUAUCAAGGGCAGGCAUGA